AUGUCUUCACCCACUGCAGCAAGCACGACAAAGAAGCUCAUCCUUGUCAUCGGUGCCACCGGUGGCCAGGGCAUGGCCGUCAUCGACAAACUGCUCGCACCGGGCGCAGACGGCUCUCCUUCGCCGUACGCGAUACGUGCACUCACUCGCAACCCAGACAGCCGACGGGCAAAGGAACUCGCCGCCAGGGGUAUCGAGCUCAAGAAAGGGAGCACGCACGACCUCGCCUCCGUCGCUGCUGCCCUGCAGGGCGCGUACGGCGCCUUCGUGAACACCGACAGCUUCACGAUCGGCCAGGAGGCGGAGACCUGGGCGGGCAUCCGGAUCUUCGAACUGGCAAAGCAGGCCGGAGUCAAGCACUACGUCUGGAGCAACCUAGAAUACAUCGGCGGGAUGACGGACUACGAUCCCAAGUACCAAGCCGAUCACUACAACGGAAAGGGCAGGGUUCAUGAGUUCAUGAAAUCCCAGCCAUCGGUGGUCAGUGACACUGAUAUGUCGUGGUCUGUCAUCACCUCUGGACCGUACAUGGACAUGCUGCACAACAUGGUAUUUGGUCCAAUGAAGAAGCGAGACGAUGGCACCAUUGUCUUCGCUACUCCCAUCGGCGAAGGCUCCGUCCCCAUGAUCGCUCUCUCCGACUUUGGCUUCUUCGCCCGCUAUACCUUUGACAACCGUAAGCUUACCUCCACCGCCGACCUGAAGAUCGGCUCCGACUGGGUCGACUGGGAGUACCUCAGGACGACUUUCGAGAAAGUGACAGGCCAAAAGGCGGAGGUCGUCUACCAGUCAAGCGACGACUGGUGCGACAACUUCGUGGGCGUUGACAGGCCCCUCGCGGCCGAUCGCACGCCCGGUGACGGGUCGACAACGUGGAGGCAGAACUGGACGAGGUGGUGGGCGCUGUAUCGCGACGAGUUGAUCAAGCGCGACUGGGAGUGGAUACGGAAGGUGAAUCCGAACGGACACAAUCUGGAGAGCUGGAUGCGAGCGGAGAAUUACGGGAGCGAACUGUGGAAGAAACUCGGUUUAUUGAAGCAGUCCGAAGAUGGGCAGUCACUUCGACUCAAUACCGACCGUAUCGCCCAGCUUUGA